UGUUUACAGUACGCCAGAGGACACGUGAGUGACACCUCUUCCGACCAAUCGUAACGCAAUCUCAAAUCAGUGCUUGAGCAAUCAGAGACGCGAGGUGAGCGUGUGGCUCCGCCCUGCCGUGGACGUCGAAAAGAACGUCAUCAGCUUCAUACAUAUAACUUAGCUUUAGCCAACAUUAGCUUCGCGCUUACGUGCUCUCUAAACUAGUGUGUCUCUCGCUAACCGAUAGUCCGCCUGCACUCACUUAGUUGACGCUCGUUUCAAACAUGACUUUGAAAGCGGAACGUCCAGGCGGAGACGGGCGGAGAGGGCACCUGACUGGCUAGCUUUCAAUCCCGUGCUAGCGGCCGAUGGACGACAGGGGCUAACGUUUCAAGAGCCGCUAAGCCUAUCACAACAAGCCCAGCUCCUUAAACGCAACCCGCCUCUGAAGCCACACAAACGAGGACUCGAAGAGGCUCUAAGUCUUUAACGAGGCAGGCGCGGGUCUCCGCCGAGCCGAGCCGAGCCGAGCGGAGCCAUGGGUGCCUUCCUGGACAAGCCCAAAAUGGAGAAGCACAACGCCCACGGCGAAGGCAACGGCAUCCGCUACGGGCUGAGCUCCAUGCAGGGCUGGCGAGUGGAGAUGGAGGACGCCCACACGGCCGCGCUGGGCCUGCCGGCGCCCGGCCUGACGGACUGGUCCUUUUUCGCCGUCUACGACGGCCACGCGGGCUCCAGGGUGGCCAACUACUGCGCCAAGCACCUUCUGGAGCACAUCAUGGGCGCCGGUUUCGGGGCCGCGGGGCAGCGGAGCUCGCCGGCCGGUUCGGAGAGCGUCGCCGACGCCCCUCCGGCGGAAGGCGCCCCCACGGUGGAGGCGGUGAAAGCCGGCAUCCGGGCGGGCUUCCUGGGGAUCGACGAGCACAUGCGCGGCUUCUCGGACCUGCGCAACGGCACGGACCGAAGCGGCUCCACGGCCGUGGGCGUCCUCCUGUCGCCCGAGCAUUUCUUUUUCAUGAACUGCGGCGACUCGCGCGCCGUCUUGUACCGGAACUCCCAAGUGUGCUUCUCCACGCACGACCACAAGCCUUGCAACCCGCACGAGAGGGAGCGCAUCCAGAACGCCGGCGGAUCCGUCAUGAUCCAGAGGGUCAACGGCUCGCUGGCCGUCUCCCGGGCCUUGGGGGACUACGACUACAAGUGCGUGGUGGGCAGGGGCCCCACCGAGCAGCUGGUGAGCCCCGAGCCGGAGGUUUGCGAGAUGCUCCGGACCCCCGAGCAGGAUCAGUUUGUCGUCCUGGCGUGCGACGGGAUCUGGGACGUCAUGUCCAACGAGGAGCUGUGCGACUUUGUCAAAUCCAGGCUGGAGGUGUCGGACGACCUGGAGAGAAUCUGCAACGAGGUGGUGGACACCUGCCUGCACAAGGGGAGCCGGGAUAACAUGAGCGUUGUCCUCGUAUGUUUGCCCAACACUCCCAAGGUGUCCGAGGAAGCCGUGAGGAGAGACGGCGAGCUCAACCGGUACUUGGAGUCUCGCGUGGAAGCGAUGCUGUCGCGGCCGGCCGACGAGGGCUUUCCCGACCUGGCGACGGUGAUGAGGAACCUUUCGGCUGACGGCAGCAUGCCGGCGCUGCCGCCGGGGGGAGGCCUCGCCAGCAAACAAAGCGUUAUCGAAGCCGUCUACAACAGUCUAAGUCCCUACAGAGAAGAAGAAGGGAUCGGAGCUGCACAAAGGUCAGGAGGAAUUUUGGACCAUUGCUCUUUCCAAAACCGUUUCACUUCAGCGGUGUUCUUGGGCUGUUUGGUGUGACCGGCUCUCUUGAGGUCAUGCCAGCGCAGCCCUCUCUCUUGGGUUGAGGGCGGGACUCUGACCAGGCCGCUCCACAAGGCGUAGCUUCUUCUGUUGAAGCCACGCCGUUGUUGAAUUACUUCUGCGCUUUGGGUCGUUGUCCUGUCGCAUCACCCAUCUUCUGUUGAGCUUCAAUUGGUGAACACAUGGCCUUCAGUUCUUGUGCAAAAUGUCUCGGUAAACUCGGGAAUUCAUUUUUCCUUGGAUGAAAGCAAUCUGUCCAGGCCCUGAAGCAGCGAGCGGCCCCAAACCAUGAUGCCCCCUCCACCAUGCUUGACAGUUGGGAUGAAGUUUUGAUGUUGGUGUGCUUUGCCUGC